CAAGUACGACCAUGUCAGGGGUGCGGGAGUUCAGACCGCAAGUGGACAGUUGGUGCGACUGGGUGGAGAUCCUAGACUCCCAUUUUGUUGAAAUGGCUUGUCAGGACGACAAGAUCAAGCGGUCGAUCCUGUUAAAAAACAUUGGAAUGGAGGCUUAUGGACUGCUGCGGGACAUCUGUGAUCCGGAUCUGCCUGCAACCCAAACGUAUGAUAAAUUGUGUACGCUUUUGGGAAGUCACUUUUCAAAGCCGAUUAUUAUUUUUCGCGAGCGAAAAAUAUUUUUUGAUGCUGUUCGUGAAAAAGGGCAAACAAUUAUGGAGUGGUUUGCACUUUUAAAAAAAUUAGCAAGAAAUUGUAAAUUUGGGGCACAAUUAAAUUCGUUUGUUCUAAAUAAAUUCGUUACUGCUUUAGACGGUAGAACAUUCGAAAGAUUGUGUGAAGAAGAUGAGACCUUGACAAUUGAACGGGCAUUAAAAAUUGCAAUAAUUACGGAAGCAAAAAAUGAAGCUUUCAAACAGCAACAAACCCAUGAUGUAGAGGUUAAUGCCCUUUUUAAAAGAAAUUUGCAUUUCAAAGGCGCAAACAGUGCGAGUACGAAUAAAGCUUGCAUGCAUAACAAAAAUGCAAACAGCGGCAGCAGCAGCGGCAGCGGCAGUAAAAAGCAACGGCAGAGCUGUAAACACUGUGGUUGGAGAAACCAUGAAAGUAGUAGCUGCAAAUUUAAAAAUUGCAAAUGCAAUAAUUGUGGACGUGUGGGCCAUUUGGCCAAUAUUUGUUUAAAAAAGAAAACAAUAAGUAUUGUAAAUAAUAAUGAAUGCAAAAAUUUUUCUAAUUUAGUAAAUAAUUCUGAUACUAAUAAUUUUUCAAUUUUUAGUGUAGAUGAUAAGUGUCAUCCCAAGUCACCACCUCCUUUCGUCAUUGAUGUAGAAGUGAACGGUGUUAAGCUCGCAUUUGUGCUAGAUUCUGGAGCAGCUUGUUCAUUACUUUCGAAAGGCGAUUUCCAUAAACAUUUUGGGAGAAUCAAGCUAAAGAAAUGCAACGAUCAGUUUGUCACAUACAGUGGUGAUAUUGUGGGGAUUUUGGGUGAGUUUAGUGCUUCAAUUAAGUGUCGUGGACAGUCGCACAAGUUGCGAAUUGUGGUUAGUGAUACGCUUAGCCGCCCUGUUUUUGGUAGGGAUUUUAUGUCACUUUUUGGGAUGGAAAUAAGCACACUGAGUCAGUUAGAUGAUAGAGUAGCGUUUCUAAAAAGUAGAUUUUCUACAGUUUUUGCUGAAGGGUUAGGAACGUAUAAGGUGCAUAAGGUUAAACUUAGUCUUAAAGAGGAUGCAAAACCUGUUUUUUGCAAGCCCAGGCCAGUGCCAUUGGCUUGGCGUAAAGAAAUCGAAAGACAGAUUCAGGAUUUGGUAAAAAAGGGUGUUUUAAAAUUAAUAGAGGAUUCAGAUUGGGGUACGCCGUUAGUACCAGUGUUAAAGUCUAAUGGUGAAUUACGUAUUUGUGGCGACUAUAAGUCGACCAUCAAUAAGCACCUGCUAGAUGUGAGGUAUCCGUUACCUAGGAUUGAAGAACUAUUUGCUUCCCUUAAAGGACAGUUCUUCACCAAACUUGAUUUGUCAAAUGCGUACAAUCAGCUUGAAUUGGUAGAAGAAUCCCAACGGUUAUGCGCAUGGAGCACACAUUUAGGUAUUUUUAAGAUAACCAGAUUACCAUUUGGUGUUAAGCCUGCCGCAGCCAUUUUUCAGAAAACUAUAGAAAACGCAUUGCGUGGUAUACCUAAUGUUGUUAAUUACCUGGACGAUAUUCUUAUAUCAGGAGAUACUAUUGAAGAGCAUAGUAACUCCAUUGAAAAAGUUUUGAAAAGAUUAGAGAGCGUGGGUUUGCGUUUAAACGCUAAUAAGUGUGUUUUCUUUCAAAAAACAAUUUCCUAUUUAGGUUUUGAUAUUGAUAAAAAUGGUUUGUCAAAAAACCAAGAUAGGAUUUCAGCAGUCGUUAAUGCUCCAAUACCGAACAAUUUAUCUGAAGUUCGUGCAUUUAUUGGAUUAGUUAAUUACUAUUCCAAAUUUAUUCCUAAGUUUGCUGAGAUUAUGGAGCCGUUAUAUGCAUUGUUAAGAAAGGGUGUUAAAUUCAGGUGGACAAAAUCAUGUCAUUAUGCCUAUGAAAAUCUUAAAAAGGAAAUUACAUCCGAUAGAUUCCUAGCUUCUUUUGACCCCAGUAAACCUAUUAUUUUACAAACGGAUGCGUCAAAUGUCGCUAUAGCCGGGACCUUGUCCCACAGUUUUCCUAAUGGAACAAUUAAACCGAUCGCUUUCGUAUCUCGAGCGCUUUCGACAGCUGAACGAAAUUAUAGUGCUAUUCAAAAGGAAGCACUAGCCAUAGUGUUUGCAGUAACUAAACUGCGACUCUAUCUGCUUGGUAAUAAGUUUGUUUUGCAAACUGAUCAUAAGCCGCUUUUGUCAAUUUUUGGUGAAAAUAAGGGACUACCAGUAAUGGCAGCAGCUCGUAUUCAGCGAUGGGCUUUGACAUUGUCUGGAUUUGAUUAUACCAUCGAGUAUGUCAAG